AUGUUAUCCAAUUACUCUAUCAAUUCGGCCAAUGCUCAAGCUCUGUCAAUAGCUUAUUACGAAAUCCUUGAAGCAGCACUAUCUGAAGUGUUUAAUCAAUUUUGUUGGGACUGAGAUCUUUCACAACAGCCAAAGAACAACCUUGUUCUACCAGAAGCAUUGAAAAGCAGAAAAACCACUGUUGGAGAUCUCAGCAUGCUGUGUGAAAGUCAGAAUGGAUCUCCUGUAAAACAGACAAGCCUUAAGGCUAAGAAAAAUAAGCUUCCCGACGUUAAGAGCAACCUCACCAUGAUUCUCCAAAUGAUAAAUGCCAAUUGAGAAGUGAGCUUCAUAGCAACCACCAAGAGCUCCAGAGGCCUGCAUAAUGGAGCCUCCAAGAGGAGGUCUCAGUACAUUGGAGUACUCGGUAAUGGUAGUCGCUGGCAAGUACUAAUCAACAUCAGUGGCAAGAAGAAGUACAUUGGAACCUUCGGCGAUGAGAAAGAAGCUGCAAUUAUGCACGAUUUCUACUCUAUUGGCCUCAAUAAAUUGGAUGCUAAAACCAACUUUAGCUACGAAGGAAUGACUGUGCAGGACAUGAUAAUGAACUAUCUCACUAAUGAUGGCUGCUUCAAUCCAUCUGAAUUCCUAACAAGAGUAUAA